AUGCUACAAAGUGAUAGUACCACCAAGAGUAAAGUAACAAAGGAAGUGGAUAACAUUAAAGUUGUGAAACGAAGGCGUAAACCCCCAAAAUCAUGUUCGUUUUGCCGUAAACGGAAAUUGAAAUGUGAUCAAAAGAAGCCUAUAUGUUCGAACUGUCUUUCAAGAAAGUUUGAUAGCUGUUUGUAUCCAGAUAGCUUUUUAAAUAAUGAUGUCUCGAGGCCCGAUAAUACUAUAUACGAACGCCAUACUUCUAUAAUCGAUCUAUCGACUAAAUCCGGCGCUGAUACGACAGAUUCCAGUGCAGAGAUUAAGAAUCCAUUCAGAAAUUAUUACUUCCUACAAUGCAAAUCAGAUGGUAGGCGUAUUUUAUAUGGUCCUACAUCUAGUCGAACUUUUAUCAUGAGAAAUAACUGGGGAUUUAUGGAGAAGUUUAGACAAUUAUGGUCUAAAGUCAAGAUAGAAAGAGAUAAAUGGAAAUCUAGGACUCACACCAAAAUGGCGGGAAAGUUUAAUGAUUUGGAAACAGUUGAGUUCGAAAAUAUCAAUCCAGUUUCUAAUAUAAACGCUGUGAUUGAAUUUUUACCAAAUUAUGAUCAUUGCCUACAGUUAAUGAAUGAGUUCUUUGAUUCUUUAAAUAGCGAUCUUUAUGAGAUCAGUGGUGCCCUAGACAAGCAGAAAGUGCUGAAUGAUUUAAAAAUAUCUGUAAUUACAGAUGAGGAUAAUAAUAUAAUUAAACUAAUACCGACUGGGAAAAAGAACUACUACAAAAUUGGUGUCAUUAUAAUGAUACUGAAUUUGACUCAUUUCAAGCAUGAUAUCCCAAAAGCAAUUCAAAAAUUUCUCGUAUGUUUGACUGGUGCAUCAUCUUCCAAACUAUUUUAUAUGGAAAGAGUACAAUUUUUGCUCUUAAGAUAUUAUUAUAAUUCUCUUUACACCAGCGCUGGUGAUGAUACAUAUUUAGUGACAUUGGUAGAAUCGUUGACUGCUGCCGCGCUUAGAGCAGGACUACAUUUGAAUAUUAAGACGUUGUACCAUCAUCAAGAAUCAGUCGUCGGGAAUUUAGUCUCUCUUGAAAAUCUAUGGACGUGGAUCCUUUUAUUUGACUUUAAGGCUGCUGUGCACGUGGGCUGCCCAUUAAAUAUAAGCUGCUCUGAAUUUUAUGAUUUUGAUGAAAAGGAACACUUAGAGAAUUUUGAACAGGCUUAUUAUCCAAGCACAGAUAACGUAAAAUUAUCUCCCAACACCCACGAUAUUAGGGAAUACGCCAUUGAUAAAAGCUUUUAUGGAAAAAUUAGAAGAUUUUUAAAUCUGGCACGACCAAUGAUAACUGAAAUUCAUAACAAGAACUGUGUUCCAAACAUGAUAGACAACUGUGACAAGUUGAUUAAGUUUUUAGAAACAGAAUUCUCUCCAAUAAACAAUUUCACUGAUGAAAUUUUAAUGGCAGAACUUCCCAUCUGCGAAUUCAAACAUGUACUAUGUGUAUUGGAUUUGAUGUCGACCUUCUAUUCGUUGAAUUUCGUCAUACUGAGUGCAAGGUCAAUUAAACUAAAAAAUUCAGCGACUCAAUCAUUCUUAAUCGGUCUCCAAAUUUGUAGGAAUUUAUUAAAAAAGCAUAUGAGAUGGAUAAACUUAGAUUUCCAGAAUAUUUCAAAAAUGAUGUUUUUUCUCCCGCCAUACCUGACCAUAAUAACAGCAAAUAUGACUGAGAUAAUGGGCAAACAAUUGAGUAUUUUCCAUGCGUUCCAUUAUCUUCAUGCAACCUUGUUUGAGAAUGGUAUAUUUCUUUCAGAAGACAUGCUUGAAAUUGACUGGGAUUUAUCUACUCUACAUGUACCGAUAGAUAAACCAAUCCCUAUGGGUACAGAAUUCAAACUCUAUAAAAACAUUUUAGAUGGAGGUUUACAGGAACAAGAAAUUAAAGAAGUGCUUUCAAGGUCGUAUCCAUUCAUGGUUGUCCUAUCAUUAGAGCGAGUUUAUAGAGCAGUGGUCAAAAAUGCUUUUGAAUACAGGAAAAGGGUUGAAAAGUCAUGGCUAUCAAACAAUAACAGUGCUUAUAUGACAUUGCCGGCGUCACGAGAUUCUUUUUUACUGCAUAGUAAAAAGCAGCGGGAACAGUUUGUUAAUGACCAUCAUACCAAUUAUAAUGAAGAGGAACAAGAAGAGUAUACAGAACCAACAAGAAAUCCGGAACCUACCGUAUUUCAAUUGUAUCAAAAACAACAGGAUCAUUAUAUCAAGUCAUUAAAUACCAAAAAAGCACCUUUAAACAGAAAAGAACCCAAGAGAGACAAAGAGCAUAUGAGCGUUCCUAGUUUCUGUUUUCCCUCCGACAUUAAUUCGGACUUUACUACAACGGAAUCACACGACCAGACUGAAAAUAGUUACGAACAAUCAAGUGCCAGUGAAGGUGACAACAUAAAAACACUGGCAGAUGAAUUCUGGACAAGUUAUAACGUCGGAUGGGAGCAACUAUUGGAUGAAACAGACACAAGCCUAUUUUUCGGCGAUCUUUGA